AUGCGCUGACGAGUGACGCUUCUCGGUCACUCUACUCAUCUCAUUAUUCAACAGGGAGAUGAUGAGCCAGAGCCUCCACCGUCUCUUCCUCGCUAUUCUGUCCGUGCUGCUUCUCACAGUCACAGCAGCCUCGGCCGCCGCUGACAGCACGUUGACGCGGCGGAGUGCCAUCGGCGGCGACCAGCUAAGGCUUGUCUCACCGGGAGACAUCUUCCAGCUCGGCCUCUUCUCGGUCGCCAACCACACCAAAUGGUUCCUCGGCAUAUGGUUCACCGUCUCCCCGGAAGCCGUCAUCUGGGUCGCCAACCGCGACCGCCCGCUCAACGCCUCGUCCUCCGGCAUCCUCGCGCUCAGCGGCCGAGGAGACCUCGUCCUCCUCGACGCCGCCAGCAACAACGAGACCGUCUGGUCGUCCAACUCCUCGGCCGCGGCCAGCAACAACGAGACCGUCUGGUCGUCCAACUCCUCGGCCGCGGCGGUCGCGCAGCUCGGCGACAACGGCAACCUCAUGCUCGCGGAUGCGGCCGGCGCCGUGCUGUGGCAGAGUUUCGAUCACCCGACCAACACGUACGUGUCGGAGAUGCGGAUCGGAAAGGACGUCGAGACUGGGGCCGAGUGGUCCCUCUCGUCAUGGCGCCACGACCACGACCCGUCAGCCGGCGACUUCCGGUACGUAAUGGACACGCGGGGCUCGCCGGAGCUGCACAUCUGGAGGAAGGAACGCAAGAGCAAGACGUACCGGACGGGACCGUGGAACGGGGUGCGGUUCAGCGGCAUACCGGAGAUGGCGACCUACAAGGGCAUGUUCGAGUUUCAGUUUACCGACACCGCCGACGAGGUCUCCUACAUGUACCACGCCUCCGUCGGCUCGCCGCCGUCCCGCGUCGUGCUCCAUGAGUCCGGUGUGAUACAGCGCAUGGUUUGGAACAGCGCGGCGCUCGGGUGGAGCAUCUUCUGGUCGGGGCCGAGGGACGAGUGCGACAAGUACGGCGUGUGCGGCGCGUUCGGCGUCUGCAACGAGGUGGAUGCCGUGGUGUGCGGCUGCGUCCGGGGCUUCCGGCCGAGGUCGCCGGCGGAGUGGCGCAUGCGGAACGCGUCAGGCGGGUGCGUCCGCAGCACGCCGCUGCAGUGCGGGGGCGGCUUCUACGGCCUGCGCGGCGUGAAGCUGCCGGAGACGCACGGCAGCAGCGUGGAUGCCGGCGCCUCGCUUGAGGAGUGCCGCCGGCGGUGCCUGGCCAACUGCUCGUGCACGGCGUACGCCGCGUCGGACAUCCGUGGUGGCGAUGGCGGGAGCGGGUGCAUCCAGUGGUGCGGCGAGCUGGUGGACACGCGGUUCAUCGACGGCGGGCAGGAUAUCUUCGUCAGGCUGGCAAUGUCUGACCUAGGUAAUUAUAAUUAAAUUAAAUGCUCUCUCCAAUAUC